AUGGACCGACGAUCUCUGCUGGACGGCGAUGCGACACCCAGUGGCGAGCGCGAGAAUGUAUUUGGGGACGAAUUCGAGGUGGACGAGUGGGAUGUUGUCGCCGACGGCUUCAGACCGACUGGGGGCGCCGCGGAUUCACAGUACGAAGGGCGCCAAGAAGCGCUGUCAGAGAACGAAGAGGUCGAGAACGAGGAGGACGAGCCACCUAUCCGCAGCGUAUCUGCGCACUAUGCCACAGGCAUCUCCGAUGCUGCAAUGUCCUCGGGGUCCAACAGGAAUUCCACGCGCAAGUCACGGAGCUAUGCAAACCCCUUUGCCAGCGCGGAGGAUGCAGGUGGGACGACAGAGCGAGCGCAUAGCCUAGAAUUUGAGCCCGAGACGAACUUUGCUCAUCGGACACUCUCAUCAGCGUCGUCACACGUAUAUGCGCGGACAGAGAGCCCCAGGUUCGGGGCGGGUCCGAGUCAUCCAUACGGCAUGUACACCCAAGGCACCGUACCGAGAUCUCCAAGCGUAGCGACAGCGGCUUCAACGACACGACAACCCUCUCAACGGCAAUCAUACUCACAAACUCGGCCUCAACACCCCUACGCCAUGUAUCCUCAAGGGGUAGUCUUGGACGAUGAUCUCGAUGACACUGACCAAAUUCUACCGAAUCCUGUACCUGUUGGCUUUACGGGCCUCGGUCAGAGCUACACUCGCCGAAUAGGCCCAGAMGGGGAGGAUCAAGGCAUCGUCGACGGUGCCGGACACACAGAGCAGUUGCCGCCAUAUAGCAGAUACCCGGAAGAUGGCCCGGAGAAGAUGCCUCUGCUACCGCCCACGCUACAUAGUCGGGCGCCUGUAGCUGGCACAGACCCUGGCAUGGCACUCAUGCAUACAACCCUGCUCCCCACGCAGACAGCUGUACCCGACCGGCCUCAGUCCAUGUCCGAUGGAUCGGCACCGGCGAGACAUUCCACCGCGCACAGUCUCGCUCGGAUGGUGUCAUCUUCGAGUGAGGAAACAGCCGUGAAAAGUUGGCAGGAGAAAAGAUGGAAAGAGAAGACGUGGAAAGAGAAACGAAAAACACGGUUCUGUGGUGUUCCAUUCUGGUGGAUACUGCUCACACUAUGUGUCGUUACCUUCAUUGCCGCCGUACUUGGUGGCGUAAUCGGCUCGUUUUUUGCAGAUGACGAUGACUGGGCUCCACCAAAUUCUACCGUCACCACGACGUUGCUAUAUGAUGCUAGUCUCACGCCUUCUCCGACAUCUGGAGGACCUCCCAUGGGAACUUUUGCCAUAAAUCUGGGCCCGGCUGAGGAGAUUCAAUCGGACUGUCUGGCCGACGCUAGCCUCAGUGCAGCUUGGGACUGCGAUCUUGCGCCCAAUUCCAAAAUGGGACUUGUCGUGCAGGACAUCCUUGGCGAUGGCCUAGGCAGCGGCGCUAGCCUCUUCUACAACUCAGAAGACGAAGGGAUUGGMGCUGGUGCGCAGCUGUCAUACAUGCAAACGACCUUCUCUCCUUUUCUGACAGUCACGGACAAUGAUGACAAGGCCAAUGGCCUGGCAUUCUACUUCCAAGACCUUUACGACAAGAUCGUGGUCGUGCCCGAAGACAGCAUCGAUCUCACCAAUUCCAAGCGUAUGAAGCGAGAUGCUGUUGCAGAUCCACCUCCGCCCUUUGUGAUACCUGCCGCUUGGAGACAUCGCAAGGAAGUGCUUACGCCGGGAGACAAGCCGUGGUUCUGCGUGUGGAACGAUACUUUCGUGGAGGGAUUCAUUUACAUUAACGAGCCAAUUGCGAUGAGCACCACCAGUAGCAGCGCAUACUCGACUCCUCCUCCCACCUCCCCCGACUCAUCGUCCCAAACGGAUUCCUCCUCAUCGCAAACUUCGUCGGGGCCUCCUUCACUAACGCCGCCACCUGGGCCAAUUGCUUCCGCAUCCCCUUCGCCGACUGAUGUCAUCACCACAACCAUCUCAGAUUCCUCCACCACUGCCGUAUACACUGGACCUGCUCAAGGCUUUCAAGAAUGGGCUGGCGCCAACAAAUGGCAAGCCUCACGCCACGAAUAUGACAACGGGCCGAUGCACAGGCGCCAAGAUCCAGGACCUUGGGAGUCCCUCCCAUACGUGGUAAAGCUCGAAGAACGAAGGCUGCCCAACAGCCCACAGCCGUACUGCCAGCAGUUUCAAAUUCUUGACAAUGGUCACGCCAACAUAUUGAUUGAGAACGAUGGACCUGUGAUCGUCAAGCUAAACGAGCAAGAUCCAUCCUUUGGAGCGUAUGGAGAUUCAGACACUGGGAGCUCCCGAAAGCGAAAGAGAGGUGAUACGCAAAUGGCUAACGCUUGUCACUGCCAAUGGAUGAGUGGGGAAGAGCCAUCAUAG